AUGCGAUUUUCCAAAGUAGAAAAACUGCUAUGGCUAUGCUUGCUGGGCAAUGUCAGCUCGGCCCUACAUUGCAUACAAUAUCACCGGAACGUUGACGAUUUCGACGGCAAAAGCAAAAAGAAUACAACGUGCUCGGGAGAUAUGUGCUGGAUCUAUUAUAACAACCAUUCCUCCCAAAUCUGGUCUCGCGACUGUAUGACUGGAUUCAACCAUGCUGAUUAUUGCAACUCGGAACCACUGACAUUUAACACGAAGAAGCAAACGGCGACCUUGGCCAGAAAAGCGUUGCAAAGCCGCGACCUCUCAACAAAUGGAUACACCUGUCUAUGGGCGAGUCCCUUUCAGGAGGUCAACACCACGAUGGAGGAUUGGGCUACAAAUAGCUUUCCGUCUUGGAAUAUGGCUGAAUUAAAAUCGACAACUAUCGAGCCGGACGCCACUGAAAGAGGCACCGGAUUCCUU